AUGGAGAAGGAAAAAAUCACCAUGAAUUCCGGUGUUGCCGCUGCUAAUCUUCUGCGAGCGCUCCAUUCUCUCUAUCAGCUUGGUCACUUCUGUGACGUGACCAUUCGCACAGACUGUCCUGGAAGCCAAGAGGACUUUUUCGUUCACAAAGCUGUCCUGGCAGCUUCCAGCAACUACUUUAAAAGCUUGUUCCUUAGCGAGGAGACAUUGAAUGCCAAGAACUGUAGCGUGACACUCCAGGACAUUCGCACUGAAGAAUUCGUCACCUUCCUAAAGUUUGUCUACACGACCGAAGUAGAAAUUGAAGUGGACAAAGUGCACCGCUUGAAGGCAGUGGCCAAAAGACUGGAAUGCAAGGAUCUGCUUGAUGCCUUGGAAGAAACGAGGGCUGGGGGCCCAAAGGAGUCGGAUUUGAGUGUUCAUUUAAGAAGACCUGAAAAGUCUCUGUGGAGCCCGGCUGAGCAGGAAGGAGACCAGGAACAGAGUGAUUCGUCCCAAAUUUUGGCCUCACCAAUGAAGAGAAACCUUUGGGACAGAAAGAACUGUGUAAAAGUGUCAACUAGCUAUGACUUCCCUGAAAGUAAAUGUGGACAGUUGAACAAAGAUGGGAUAACUCUUGGUGAGCCUGAAGAUAAAAAAGCGGUGUCACCCGGACACUACAAAGGAGAGAGACCCGAUGCUCUCGAUGCAGGCAACGUCGCCCAAGAAGAAGGUGAACCUCUAAAUCAGGUGGACUCAACCUACGUAACGACCAAGAUGCUUCCCGGCCAGAAGGAGGGUGAGAGCAGUUUGAUUCUGAGUGGCACCAAGCUUAGAAAAUUGCCACGUGGCAUGUCCAAAGUCCUGCCACAACCGCACACGUGUGACACGUGUGACCGCUCCUUCCGCUUCGCCAAGCAGUACCAGUCGCACAUGGAACUGGAGCACGGCCUGAAUCUAGCCGUUAAGCACAGCUGCCGUGUGUGUGGCCAGCGCUUUGCCAGCCGCCAAAACCUGAAACAGCACCGGCUCGCCACUCACGAUGACGAGCGACGCUUCCCCUGCCUGCUGUGCGACAAAAAAUUUCAGUGCCAGAAAGAUGUCAAUGACCACGUCCGGAGAGUGCACGAAAAGAAGCAUAAUCCUCAGCGGUGCCCCUACUGUGACAAGGUUAUCAGCUCCAAAUGUGGCCUGACGGUUCACAUUCGGACACACACAGGAGAGAAGCCUUAUAAAUGUGGAGGCUGCCCGGCCAGCUUUGCUCAGAGGUCGACGUUUAAUACUCAUGUCAGAAAAAUACAUGAAUCUGGGCAAGACCAUAAACUCCUGCCCGGUUGCUGGAUGGGGGUGCCCCCAGCAGACAGACUGGACGUGGCAGAUGGUAAAUUUGAUAACCCUAACAAAGAAUGCAUUGCAGCACCAAACACGGACCUGCAAAGAGAAUCCACAGGUGAGAAAGCAUGGGGGCUUGAGAAGGAAUCAAGGCGUUCUGCUACAGAAGCAAAGUCUGGUGAUCGAGAAGACGGGCAGGAGCAGUGUGAUGAAUCUGGCGUCGAAAGGGGAAACGUCUCGAUGGCUGUCGAAGGAGAAGAGGGAGGAUAUCGUGAAGCGGGAGUACACGACGACAGGGAUCACGAGUCUCUCUCUUUAGAUGAUGACGAUGACGACUGCUUCAACGGCCACCGUGCAGAAGAAGAAAAUGAACUGGGUGACAAGCGCAAAGGGAGGACAGGGAAUAAAAAGAAGGUAGCAAAGGGAUCGGCCUAUGUCAUCACGUGCCACGAAUGUGCUGAGAAAUUUGUGUCGCGUAAGAAAUACGUCGACCAUUGCAAAGACGUCCAUCACGCUCUGCCGGGGAAAGCGUAUCAGUGUGACGUUUGCGGCAAGUCCUUUGCCAGCUACAACAGCUGGAAGGAGCACCGAGCGUGCGUCCAUACGGAAGACAGGCAGUUUGCCUGCACGCUCUGCGACGCCACCUUCAAAAGGAAGAGGGACGUGAGGACGCACUACAUGCGGAAGCACGAAGGGCGCGUGAAGCGUCCCCUGUGCUCUGUCUGCGGGAAGAUCUUGAGUUCGAGGACGGCGCUGGUAUUUCAUAUGAGAACCCACACCGGGGAGAAGCCGUACCAGUGUGGCGUUUGCUGCUCACGGUUUGCCCAGCCGUCACAGCUGAAGAUUCAUACCAGGUCCCAUACAGGGGAGAAGCCAUACGUUUGUGAGGACUGUGGAGCGUGUUUUGCGGACAAAGGCAAGCUGAAUGGUCACAAGAGGACGCAUACAGGCGAGCGUCUCUUUAAAUGUGAUGUGUGUGGGAAACAUUUUGCCACCAAUGAAUACUUGAAAUGCCACAAGCGCUGCCACAUGGGAGCCAAGCCGUACAAGUGUGACGUCUGCGGGAAAACAUUUGGACUGAGAGCCUCAUUAGCCCAACACAGCAAUGUUCAUGCGGAGACACCUCCUUAUUUCUGUGAGCAGUGCGGGAAGACCUUCACCCAGCAAGGUGCCCUGAGGCGUCACCAGCGAAUUCACACUGGAGAGAAGCCAUACAAGUGCAGGGCUUGCGAGAGGACCUUCACUGACAUGUCUACCUUGAGGAGGCAUGUGCUGGUCCACGACCGGAAUGCUCACUGGAGAAGUUUCUUAAUAGAUCUUACAAUCAAAAAGGAUCAUAAUUGGUCGAAAAUAGAGACUUUGUCUAAUAUCUGUAUGGGAGAGGACUCUACAUCAAUUUGGUCAGCCCCAGCAGAAAAGGCAGCAGCCAGCGAGAAGAUGUUUACCGCACCCACCUCAGAAGCGCAGGAACCCCCGGUUUUUCAAAUUAGUAAUCCUUCCAAAACGGCAACCAAAUCUAUAUCCAAUCUUUCUGAAGCUGGCUCAGUGAAGAAAGGAGAAAGGGAACUCAAAAUUGGAGACCGGGUUCUGGUUGGCGGUACAAAAGCUGGAGUAGUGCACUUCUUGGGGGAGACUGACUUUGCUAAGGGAGAAUGGUAUGGAGUUGAAUUAGAUGAACCACUGGGGAAGAAUGAUGGAGCAGUCACUGGAACCAGGUACUUCCAGUGUCAACCGACAUAUGGCUUGUUUGUCCCCGUCCACAAAGUUACUAAGAUCGGCUUCCCAUCCACCACGCCGGCAAAAGCCAAGACGGCAGUCAGGAAAGUCAUUGUGAUGCCCUCGAGCCUGAAACGCAGCCCAAGUGGCUCCUCCCUCAGCUCCCUGAGUUGCAUGGCUUCACCCAUAAGCAGCAAGCCCAGCCGUACAGGACUAUUGACAGAUCUUCACAGUACGCAAGAAAGAAUUCGGGCACCACUGCUCUGCAGGAGGCCCUGA